AUGACUGAGAUCCAGGAGGGUCCCUCGGAGGUAUCCCUGUCCUCGGGUAGUGAUAUGGAGAUUAACAAGAAGGGGGCCUCUAAACCGAAAGAAAGGGAGGCCCAUGUAGCGGCAGGAGAGGCUUUGAGAUCUGCCUGCCAGCUUGUGAUGGAUGAUCUAACACGGAGGGGGCAGGCCCAGGUUCACGAAUCUAGCCCAGGUCUAGGUCAGCAGUCUUAUCAGACGGCUUGCUACCUUCAUGAUGAGGAAUAUGUCCUCCUCAAAGGUGUUGAAGAGCUCAGCCUUACAGCUCUACGUCGCCUCGCAGGGUUAGCAGGGAGGAGGUGGCCCAAGUGGCAUCCUACUGAUGGCUCCGGUGAUGAAGAGCUCUUCCAACGAGGUUACAUCUACCAUACUUGCUUGUCCCCAGCAGAGCAAGUUCUCACAUAUGAGGAGCCCCAGGCCCUCAGGGGUUUCGAGACCAUUGCCUGCACUGUAGAGGUACCACAGUUGGGCGGCGGCCCUCUGAUGCCUAACUUGCUGCAGUCAUUGGAUACUAAUGCCCUUCGUCGACUAGCGGCCACACUAGCUCUACCCAGUGCUGGUACCAAGGCAUCCCUCCUGAAGUCUAUUCGGACGGAGUUCAGUGGUCGUCAGCGGACCCUCCACCGAUCGGUCCUUGACAUGUCUAUGGUUCUGAAGGCCCUCAGGGAGUCUGCCUAUGUCCGACUCACAGUAGUGACAGUAAGGCUCUUAGCUGUCAUCACCGCCCUAUUGGAGGUAUUAGGUGGAGAUAUGCAGGGCCCAUCGAGUGCUACCUUCCAAUUGGCCACCAUGCCCAAGGCUCUCGUCCUGGCCCAGGCAGGUAAAUUACGAUGCGCCUUUCCGGGGGCCUCCCUAUCUACGAUGCCGUGGUUGCUCGAUCGUGAGGAGUAUGAGCUCAUUCAAGUAGGGGUAUACGGUGCUUAUCUGUGGCAGCUCGGGGCCCAGGGUGCCCUCAAGUUAGCAGACCUCGGACGGCUUGUUAUGCAGUACAUAGACGCCCGCCUUGAUGAUGUGAAGCAACGUUUGGAGCGGCUAGAGAGGUGGCAAGCUAGCUUGACGUGCUGGUGGCAGCUGGUUAGUGUUGUAUGGCAUAGUGUAUGGGCCUUGGAGAGAGGUAAGGAGUGGGAGCAAGCAGUUAUAACUCUACAGUGGCUUAUUCGUAUCCUACCUUCACAGCUACAGAGUCCUAGCAGGAAGGCUAAGUACCUGCAUAGGCUACGUAUUGAUUUGAGGCAUCUUGGUAGGCAGGCCGAUUUCCCAUAUAUGUUGGCGGAGGCCACUGUGGAGGAAAUAGACCUAGAAGGGCCAGACUCACUACUGUCGGACCCCAUUAUAAGGCUACCAGAACCCGAAAAAGUUGCUCUCAGUGGUGGGGUCCCGCCUCAUAUUGUCGUCAAUGAGUACGAUAUUGUCGACUGUGGGGCCGGUAGAGCCUAUGGUCGAGUUGAGGCGGCAACUCUGGACCAUUUGGGUUGGCCAGGCGUCCAUGACGAAGGGGGUAUGAUUCGGCGGCUCAUGUCUGUGCUACUAUGGCGAGAGCUGAUUGAUGAUGCUGUCGAACGAGAUACUGUAGUGAGCCCAUGCCAACUGUAUCCGGGGGAUUUAUUUGUAGAGGCUUACAUAGAUCGAGCCACACCUCGUGUUAAAGACAGGCUGAGAAAGAUCUCGAGUAUGGAACCUGACGAGUUGGCUCUGGAGGUCAUUCGAGCGUCGAGAGAAGUCCAACGUAGUCCGCCUCUUCGCUUGGUGGGGUUACGGUGGACUCAUGGUGUUGAGGAGGCAGGGAAAGGACGAGCAGAGAAGUGGAGCAUAGAGGCUCUGGCCGGCCUUGCUCAAUGUAUGGGAGCCGAUAUCAUGGUGAAGAUAUUCAGGCACAUACUCUCCGAUAUGGGGUAUUGGGGAGGAGGCAUGCCAGAUCUAACACUCCGGCAAGGGCAGCGUGUACGCUUUGUGGAGGUGAAGGGGCCAGGGGACGAUCUAUCCGCAAGACAGCGUGGAUGGAUAGCUGAGCUCAUGCGGUGUGGCGCCGAUGCAGAGGCAGCGUAUAUUGUGGAGCCUGGCAAGAAGCGGCCUGUGAAAAGGAAAAAGAGGAGGAAAUGA